AUGGAGAAAGCCAACGUAACAGCCAUGAAAGAAUUUUACUUCAUAGAUCUCUCUGAUCUUCUAGAAGUGCAGCUUUCCCUUUUUGUGAUGAUUCUGCUGAUCUACUUGAUCACUUUGGCAGGGAAUGGUGCUAUCCUCAUAGCAAUAGCGACAGAUGUUCGCCUCCAGACUCCCAUGUACUUCUUCCUCAGUAAUUUAUCUAUACUGGAUGUCCUUUGCCCAACUGUCACAGUGCCAAAGAUGCUGCAGAUAUUCUUGUCAGAGGAUAAAACCAUAUCAUUUUCUGGCUGCAUGCUUCAGCUAUUCUUUCUCAUUUAUGUGGUGGGCACAGAAGUUUUCCUUCUAGCAGUGAUGGCAUAUGACCGCUAUGUUGCCAUAUGUAGCCCCUUGCAUUAUACAACCAUCAUGAGGAAAAGACUGUGUGCUCAGCUGGCUGUUGGGACCUGGAUAAUUGGCUUUAUUAAUUCUAUGAUUCAUACUUCUCUGACCUUUACAUUAUCUUUUUGUGGGCCCAAUAAAGUUAACCAGUAUUAUUGUGAUAUCCCUCCAGUGCGUGCCCUCUCUUGCUCUUCUACCUUCCUCGCUGAACUAGUCCUCCUUCUUGUGGGUGGUAUUUUAGGAGGUAGUGCUUUUCUCAUCACCCUGAUCUCCUACAUCUAUAUAAUUUCUACGAUUCUGUACAUGUCUUCUACUGAAGGCAAGCGUAAAGCUUUCUCUACUUGUGGUUCCCACUUGGCUGUAGUUUGCCUGUUUUAUGGGACCACCAUUGCCACCUAUGUUCGUCCAACAUCCACCUAUUCACCCAAGCAAGACAGGAUUGUUUCCAUGUUGUAUGGAGUAAUCACUCCCAUGAUAAACCCAAUGAUAUACAGCCUGAGAAAUCAGGAUGUUAAAAGGGCUUUGACAAAAGCACUUGACCUGAAUGUCUUUUCUUAA